GGAAACGCCCAUAGCUGUAUUAACCAAACCCACAUAACUAACCAAUAGAAAUUUAGUAUAGCACUUCUUGUACAUAUUGUAGCUACAGCUGUUGCAGAAACGACGUGGAGUAUUUGUUGCAGCGCUGCCAAGAUGUUACGCUUAAAAUCUUCGUUGCUAAAGCUUUCAAGAUUCACAAGCGCAAGAUGCAUGAGUUCAAAUCUUGUAAACGAACCAAUCUAUUCAUUUACUCCCGGUUCCAAAGAAAGAAAUGAAGUUCAAGAAGCUCUGAAGAUUGUGGAGUCCAAAACAGAGGAUGUUCCUAUUGUUAUUGGUGGGGAAGAGUUAUGGACGAAUGAUGUUCACUACCAAGUUUCGCCUUACAACCACAAACAACGUAUUGCAAAGUUCAGUUACGCAUCAGCAGACAUGAUAAACAAUGCAAUCGAGAAUUCUAUAUCAGUUCGUGCCGAAUGGGACUCAAAACCUCUUGCUGAUCGCGCACAAAUUUUGUUUAAAGCGGCGGAUAUUUUUGCAAACGAAAAAAGAUCUGAAAUACUUGCAACUACCAUGGCAGGCCAGGCAAAGAAUGUAGUACAAGCAGAGAUAGAUGCUGGACCAGAACUUAUAGAUUUCUUUCGUUUCAAUGCCCAAUAUGCGCUCGACCUUGAACACCAGCAACCAUUAAACCCUGAUCCUAAUAUUGUUAACUCAGUUAAAUACAGAGGGUUAGAGGGAUUUGUUGCAGCAAUUUCGCCUUUCAAUUUCACAGCCAUUGGUGGGAACUUGGCAGGAACUCCAGCACUCAUGGGAAAUGUUGUUUUAUGGAAACCAAGUGACACGGCCAUGCUGGCAAGUUGGCUUGUUUACAAAGUGUUGCGCGAAUGUGGUUUGCCUCCCGGUGUUAUACAGUUUAUUCCUGCUGAUGGUUCAACAUUCGGCAACACUAUAACAUCAUCUGAACAUUUGGCUGGCAUCAAUUUCACAGGAAGUGUUCCAACUUUCACCAAGUUAUGGCAGCAAGUUGGAGCAAACCUGACUAAAUACAAAACCUUCCCAAGAUUGGCUGGUGAAUGUGGGGGGAAGAACUUUCAUUUCGUUCAUUCUUCGGCUGAUGUCGACAGUGUUGUAAAUGGAACCAUCAGAUCAGCAUUUGAAUUUGGUGGUCAGAAAUGUUCUGCUUGUUCAAGAGCUUAUAUUCCAAAGUCUUUAUGGGGUAAAGUAAAGCAAGGAUUAGUAGAGAAACACAAGGAAAUUAAACUUGGAAACCCAGAUGACUUCAGUAUCUUCCUAUCUGCUGUGAUUGACAAGCCAUCAUAUGAACGCAAUAAAACUUACCUUGAUCAUGCAAAAGCCUCAUCCAACAUAGAAGUGUUGGCUGGUGGGAACUGUGAUGAUUCUGUGGGCUACUUUGUCCAGCCAACAAUCGUGGAAUGUAAAGAUCCAAAGGAUAAGAUGAUGCAAGAGGAAAUAUUUGGACCGGUGCUUUCAUGUUAUGUAUAUGAUGAUGCUGAUUAUAAAGAAAUAUUAAAACUGAUCAAUUCUACAUCAAGUUAUGGAUUGACUGGUUCUGUAUUUUCAAAGGAUGAAUCAGUGAUCGAAGAAGCUUCUUCUGUUCUUCGUAAUUCUGCCGGUAACUUUUACAUUAAUGACAAAUCAACAGGGUCAGUAGUAGGUCAACAAUGGUUUGGGGGUUCACGAAAAUCGGGGACAAAUGAUAAACCUGGGAGUCCUCACUAUGUAUUGAAGUGGGUGUCACCACAAGCUGUAAAAAGAUCUAAGGUUCCUCUCAAAGAAUGGAAAUAUCCUUCAAUGAAGUGAAGUUAUGGUCCUAUGCAAUGUUAAUCCUAUUUAGAUAGGUCAAGAAAGCUUGGUUUGGUUAUUAGGAAUAUUGUAAUGUGAAUAAUUCUUUAGUUUAAAGUCUUCAAGUUUGCCAUUUAGUUUAAUGGAAUUUAAAAUGUAUAGGCCAUUUAGUUUGAUUAAAUUUAAAAUGUACAGUUUCCACAUAACACUUUUACACAAUUUUCUAUUUCGAGUGGUAAUGCGUUGUAUAUGUCGCUUUGUAGAAUGUUGCAAAUAGUUGAGGGUAUUUGUAAAACUAUAUAUUCUUCCCGCCUGUUCGGUAUAAGUUCCAUAUGUUAUGUAGGGAUCCUAAAAUUAUAGUUCCAUUUGUCUCACCAAUAAGUCCUAUAUUAAUCAUGUAUUGUGUGUUAUUUAUCCUGUUUCCAAAACGUGUGUAUUUAAAUGGUGAUAUUGGUUAGCCCCAAUAGAUUAAAGCCAAUCUCUUUGGUUAGCCGAUUCAGGAUUUAAUGUGCCAAUUUGAAAAUAAAAAUUUGAAAAACCUUU